GUGCUCUUCAUCAUUCUCCGAAAGACUGAAGCUACGGGGCAGUUAUUCUCCUUUUAGAAACUGAAUUAAAAACCCGCGAAAGAACCAAAGCAUAGGUAGAUAUCAUGGCGUCACCCCCGAAAUCAAUAGGCUUAAUUGGCCUCUCAGCAAAAGGCUCAUGGGCCUCCCGCUCCCAUCUCUCUUACCUCCAAUCCACACCCUUUUACAAAAUAACCGCUCUCCAAAACAGCUCCAAAUCCGCUGCUGAAGCCGCCGCGUCUACCUACUCCCUCACCCACGUACACACCUACGACAACCCAGCCGCUCUUGCAACUGACCCUUCCGUCUCUAUCGUCGCCGUCUCUGUAAACGUGCCUGGCCAUUACGAAAGCAUCAGACCCGCUCUCUUCGCCGGAAAAGACCUUUUCGUAGAAUGGCCUCUCGCGCGCAAUCUCGCUGACGCCGAAGAACUGACCGCGAUCGCGAAAGAAAAGGGUGUGAGAACUCUCGUCGGACUCCAAGCCCGCAACAACCCCACUAUUAUUGCUGCUAAGAAAAUCGUCGAGUCUGGGAAACUUGGCAGGAUCUUGGGUACGAGUAUGUACGGCCAUGGCGCCAUCUUCGGAUCGACCAUUGUCCCAGACUUUGAAUAUGCACUGCCGGUAGAAAAUGGUGCGAAUAUUCUUACCAUUCCGUUUGGACACGCUGUCGAUGCUUUGUGCUUCGUGCUGGGUGAAUUUGCGGAGUUGAGCGCAACGUUGGCGAAUCUCCGGCCAGAGUUGAGUCUUGUAGGUAACGAUGGGAAGGAGGUUAGAAAAGUAAAGAAGACGGCUCAUGAUCAUGUGAGUGUUACUGGGACAUUGGUGAAUGGGGGUGGGGUUGUGGAUGUGGUUUAUGCGGGCGGGCAGUCACGAACUGGGCGCUCGUUCCAUUGGGAGAUUAAUGGGGUGCAUGGGUCUUUGGUUUUGGAAGGGAAGGCGCCUACAAUGGGGCAUGUGCAGAUGUUUCAGCCCACGCUGAAAUUCUUCGAUAUUGAAGGGAAGGAAGAGAAUGUGGAAGUGGAGAAGGCAGGGGAUUGGGAUAAGGGCGAUUUCUCGUUUAAUGUCGGCAGAGCUUGGGAUGCCUGGGCAGGAAAAGGGUUAGAGAAAGGGUAUACUGUGACUACAUUUGAGGAUGCAGUUGUGAGGCAUAGAAUGGUUGAGGCGAUUUAUAGGAGUGCAGAGAAGGGGACGAGGGAGAGCUAUCUGUAAAGAAGCUGUACGAGCGGGCGAAAAC